GCUGGCGGGGCACACAUGGGCAGAGAGAGGCGGGCGAAGCGCCCCGACUCCUCGCUGCCAGAGGAUCUGGAGGCCCCCAAGACCCACCACUUCAAGGUGAAGACCUUCAAGAAGGUGAAGCCCUGUGCUAUCUGCCGACAGGCCAUCACCCGGGAGGGCUGCACCUGCAAAGUCUGCAGCUUCUCCUGUCAUCGGAAAUGCCAGGCCAAGGUGGCUGCCCCGUGCAUUCCUCCGUCCAACCAUGAACUGGUGCCCAUCACCACUGAGAGUGCCCUAAAGAAUGUAAUGGACACAGGAGAAGGAGCCUCCCGGGGUGGAAAUUCACGGAAAAGUCUGGAAGAAGAGGGCUCCACUAGAGUCACCCCGAGUAUCCAGCCCCAUCUGCAGCCUGUCAGUCUCCCUAGAAACCCGAGUGUGAGCCGGACCAUGGAGGACAGCUGUGAGCUGGACCUGGUGUACGUCACGGAGAGGAUCAUUGCGGUGUCCUUCCCCAGCACAGCCAACGAGGAGAACUUCCGGAACAACCUCCGGGAGGUGGCCCAGAUGCUCAAGUCCAAACACGGAGGCAGCUACCUGCUGUUCAAUCUCUCUGAGCGAAGACCUGACAUCACGAAGCUCCAUUCCAAGGUACUGGAAUUUGGCUGGCCUGACCUACAUACCCCGGCCCUCGAGAAGAUCUGCAGCAUCUGCAAGGCCAUGGACACCUGGCUCAACUCAGACCCGCACAACGUCGUCGUUCUACACAACAAGGGAAACCAAGGCAGGAUAGGGGUGGUCAUCGCGGCUUACAUGCACUACAGCAACAUUUCUGCCAGUGCUGACCAAGCUCUGGAUCGGUUUGCAAUGAAGCGGUUCUAUGAGGAUAAGAUCAUACCCAUUGGGCAGCCAUCUCAGAGAAGGUAUGUGCAUUACUUCAGCGGCCUGCUCUCUGGCUCCAUCAAAAUGAACAACAAGCCCUUGUUUCUGCACCAUGUGAUCAUGCACGGCAUCCCCAACUUUGAAUCCAAAGGAGGGUGUCGGCCUUUUCUCCGCAUCUACCAGGCCAUGCAACCUGUGUACACGUCUGGCAUCUACAACAUCCCGGGGGACAGCCAGACGAGCAUCUGCAUCACCAUUGAGCCAGGACUGCUCCUGAAGGGAGACAUCUUGCUGAAGUGCUACCAUAAGAAGUUCCGGAGCCCCGCCCGAGAUGUUAUCUUCCGUGUGCAGUUCCACACCUGUGCCAUCCAUGACCUGGGGGUUGUCUUUGGGAAGGAGGAUCUCGAUGAGGCCUUCAAAGAUGACCGAUUUCCAGAAUAUGGCAAAGUAGAGUUUGUGUUUUCUUACGGGCCAGAGAAAAUUCAAGGCAUGGAGCACCUGGAGAACGGGCCGAGUGUGUCUGUGGAUUACAACACCUCCGACCCCCUCAUCCGCUGGGAUUCCUACGACAACAUCAGUGGACAUCGGGAAGAUGGCAUGGAGGAGGUGGUGGGACACACCCAGGGGCCGCUGGACGGGAGUCUGUACGCCAAGGUGAAGAAGAAGGACUCCCUGAACGGCAGCACCGGGGCCGUCAACGCCGCGCGUCCUGUCCUGUCGGCCACCCCCAACCACGUGGAGCACACGCUCUCCGUGAGCAGUGACUCGGGCAACUCCACAGCCUCCACCAAGACCGACAAGACGGAUGAGCCUGUCUCCGCGGCCUCCGGUGCCCCCGCUGCCCUGAGUCCCGAGGAGAAGCGGGAGCUGGAUCGCCUGCUCAGCGGCUUUGGCCUAGAGCGAGAGAAGCAGGGYGCCAUGUACCGCGCACAGCACCUCAGGUCCCGCCUGGCCGCCGGCCCAGCUGGGUCUCCCUCGGGCCGCCACGUUGUCCCAGCCCAGGUCCAUGUCAACGGUGGGGCCUUGGCCUCUGAGCGGGAGACAGACAUCCUGGAUGAUGAGCUGCCCAACCAGGAUGGGCACAGCGUGGGCAGCAUGGGCACGCUGUCCUCUCUGGACGGGAUCACCAACACCAGCGAGGGGGGCUACCCAGACGCCCUGCCCCCACUGACCAACGGCCUGGACAAGGCCCACCCUGAGGAACCUCUGGUCAAUGGCGGGGGCUACCCCUAUGAGAACGCCAGCCGGGCAGUGCCCGCCCAUGCUGGCCACGUGGCCCCCAUGCGACCCUCCUACUCGGCGCAGGAGGGCUUAGCUGGCUACCAGCGGGAGGGGCCCCACCCGGUCUGGCCCCAGGCAGUGACCACCUCCCACUAUGGCCAUGACCCCAGUGGCAUGUUCCGCUCUCAGUCCUUCCCGGAUGCCGAGCCCCAGCUGCCCCCAGCUCCAGCCCGCGGGGGCAGCAGCCGGGAGGCCGUGCAGAGGGGGCUGAAUUCAUGGCAGCAGCAGCAGCAGCCUCGCCAACCUCCUCGCCAGCAGGAAAGAGCCCAGUUGGAGAGCCUCGCGACCGGCAGGCCCAGCCCCCAGCCGCUGGCAGAGCCCCCCGCCUCUGCCCUCCCAGAGUUCCCCAGGGCGGCCUCUCACCAGGAGAUUGAGCAGUCCAUCGAAGCGCUCAACAUGCUCAUGCUGGACCUUGAGCCAGUCUCGGCCGCCGCCCCCCUGCACAAGUCCCAGAGUGUCCCUGGGGCCUGGCCAGGGGCUCCCCCACUCUCCUCCCAGCCCCUCUCGGGCUCUUCCCGCCAGUCGCAUCCACUGACCCAGUCCAGAUCUGGCUCCAUCCCCGGUGGGCACUCCCUGGGAACCCCCGAGCUGGCCCCUCCCGGCAGGUCUUACUCACCUUACGAUUAUCAGUCGGGUCCAGCUGCGUCCAACCAGGGUUUCCGUCCAAAGAGCCCAGCCUCCUCAUCCUUCCUUCCAACCGCCCAUGGCCCCCCAGGGCCUCAGCAGCCCCCAGCCUCUCUCCCUGGCCUCACCACUCAGCCUCAGCUCCCACCAAAGGAAGCGGCCUCAGAGCCCUCCCGAACCCCAGAGGAGGAGCCACUGAACCUGGAAGGGCUGGUGGCCCACCGAAUCGCAGCGUACAAUGCCAAGCUGCAGGACAUGGGGCAGGGUGGCCACUCCCGGGCCCCUCCUCUCCACCGGCUGCGAUCUGCCUCCCUCUCUGGGGUGCAGGCUCGGGAGAGGCAGCCUGCGGAGCCCCCAGCCCCACUCCGGAGGCGGGCAGCCAGCGAUGGACAGUAUGAGAACCAUUCUCCUGAAGCCACAUCCCCCCGUAGCCCUGGGGUUCGCUCCCCUGUCCAGUGYGUCUCCCCUGAGCUGGCUCUCACCAUCGCCCUCAAUCCUGGAGGGCGGCCCAAAGAGCCCCACCUGCACAGCUACAAGGAGGCCUUCGAGGAGAUGGAGGGGACCUCUCCAACCAGCCCGCCGUCCGGUGGGGUGCGCUCCCCUCCAGGUCUGGCCAAGACACCCCUCUCUGCUCUGGGCCUGAAACCCCACAACCCAGCGGACAUCUUGUUGCACCCCACAGGCGAUGAGGGGAGGGAGCUGGCUAAGCUUCCAGAAGAAGCCCGGAGCUACGUGGAGUCUGUGGCACGGACGGCAGUGGCUGGGCCCCGACCUCAGGAUGCUGAACCCAAGAGCUUCAGUGCCCCAGCUGCCCAGGCCUAUGGCCACGAGACGCCCCUGAGGAAUGGGACCCUGGGCAGCUCCUUUGUCUCCCCCAGCCCUCUGUCCACCAGCAGCCCCAUCCUCAGCGCCGACAGCACUUCAGUGGGGAGUUUCCCAUCAGGGGAGAGCAGCGACCAGGGCCCGAGGACACCCACCCAGCCCUUGUUGGAUUCCAGCUUCCGCUCCGGCAUCCUGGGGCAGCCCAGCCCCGUGGCCCAGAGAAGUUACCAGAGCUCUUCUCCUCUCCCGACCGUGGGCAGCAACUACAGCAGCCCCGACUCCUCACUUCAGCAAUUCAGCCCCGCAGAAAGCCAGCCCCGCUCUCAGUUCAGUGUGGCCAGUGUCCACACGGUGCCCGGGAGCCCUCAGGCCCGCCACAGGACAGUGGGYACCAACACGCCCCCUAGUCCUGGCUUCGGCCGGCGGGCGGUCAACCCCAGCAUGGCUGCUCCCGGCAGUCCCAGUCUGAGCCACCGCCAGGUCAUGGGUCCACCUGGCCCUGGUUUCCAUGGCAACACCAUUUCCAGCCACCCAAGCAGCUCGGCCACCACCCCAGGGAGCCCCAGCCUGGGCCGGCACCCCGGGGCCCACCAAGGCAACCUGACCCCCAGUCUCCAUGGCAACGCAGUGGCCAGCCCUGGCAGCCCCAGCCUGGGCCGUCACCUGGGAGGGUCUGGAUCCAUGGUUCCUGGCAGCCCCAGCUUGGACCGGCACGUGGCCUACGGUGGCUACUCCACCCCUGAGGACCGGAGGCCCGCGCUGUCCCGACAGAGCAGCGCUUCCGGCUACCAGGCCCCGUCCACACCCUCCUUCCCUCUCUCCCCUGCCUACUACCCGGGCCUGAGCAGCCCCACCACCUCCCCCUCGCCGGAUUCUGCGGCCUUCCGGCAGGGGAGCCCCACACCGGCCCUGCCAGAGAAGCGGAGGAUGUCCGUGGGCGACCGGGCAGGCAGCCUCCCCAACUACGCCACCAUCAACGGGAAGGUGUCCUCCUCGCCGGUGGCCAGUGGCAUGUCCAGUCCCAGUGGGGGCAGCACUGUCUCCUUCUCCCACACGCUGCCCGACUUCUCCAAGUACUCCAUGCCAGACAACAGUCCUGAGACCCGGGCUAAAGUGAAAUUUGUCCAGGACACCUCCAAGUAUUGGUACAAGCCUGAGAUCUCCAGAGAGCAAGCCAUCGCACUCCUUAAGGAUCAGGAGCCAGGGGCCUUCGUCAUCCGUGACAGCCACUCCUUCCGGGGGGCCUAUGGGCUGGCCAUGAAGGUGUCUUCGCCCCCUCCGACCAUCAUGCAGCAGAAUAAGAAAGGAGAUCUGGCCCAUGAGUUGGUGAGACAUUUCCUAAUCGAGACGGGCCCCAGAGGAGUCAAGCUCAAGGGCUGCCCCAAUGA